AUGAGCGCGAGUUCCUUCGUAGAAGAAACAUCGAAGCUUGAGAUGGCCAUGACAGCUCAUUUCCUAAAUGCGGCGAUCUCAGUCUCACUGAAAAGCUCAACGUGCUACUUGCAUUGUACGACCAACAUCGAUGGAUCAGAUAGGGAUUCAGGAAAAUUCACCAUUGAACCCGAACCUGGCACCAUUUGCCAGGCUCAAUGCUGGCAAAAUUGGGACCAAACCAAGCAGCUGGAGAUGUUCGGUUUAGACAAGCUGAUGAAGAAUGAUAACCACUGGGGCACUAAUGCCAAAGAAUUUCUCACCCAUUCCUACAACCAUUGGCAAUGGUCUCGAUUUGACCCAGAUAUCCUGUUCCCAACUAUCGAUCGACUUCGAGAAGGGACAUCCUCCAUCUCUACUUCAGGUGCCGUGUGCCUGUUUGCUAUUCUCCUCAGCCUAUUCAAAGCUACAAGCAGACGCAUGAUCGAGACAAAGCACUUCCAUGCAUCUGUGGCAAUGAGAUCGGCAACGAGACGGUGA